AUGGACUUCUGGGCACGACUUAUAGGUUCCGCGCUCCCUCCCAAAUCUCGCACCACCACCCGACACACCACCGCCAACGAUCCCCGAGCCCGUCUCGCCCGUUUCCGCAGAGUCUACAACCACAUCCUCGACCUCUGCAAUCGACCGAGAAACAUUCAGAAUGAGUUGCCAUUCCUCGAAAAUCUCCACAGCUCUCUGGAACGCCUUGCAGCCCUUUUGAGGGAAGAGUCAAGAGCGCCGGUGCCGCAUACGUGUCUACAGUUCGCAGGAGGGAAUCAGAUAUAUGCUACCAUUGCGCGCGCUGCGACGAUUAGCCACUAUGAACCCGUGAUCAAGUCUGCGAUCGCGGUGUUCGCGGCGCUGGUCGACAGUGAAGAGGAGGAGUUUCUGGCCAGUGGGCAUUUUGCUAAGAGCUUGAUGCGAUUGAUCCAGAAGGUGGUCGAUUCGGGCAACGUAUUGAUUAGUACGGACACGGAGACUUCAGUUCUGGAAUUGCUCUUCACGAUCGCCGCCAAGAUACGACUGCAGCCGGAGAUUCUGCCAGUCUGGUUCCAGUCGACGGUCGUAAAGGAAGAUGUCUUCACUUCUGAGAUGGAGAAGAAGGGUGGGUUUGUGGGCAUCACGCAGAAGGACGACUUUCCCUUAUGCUACCUGUUGAUUGACCGGGUGCAUCACGAGGGAAGGAUUGGAGACUUUGCCAGGACUGGUUUGCUCUAUGUCUUUGAAGCGACCGGGCGCUCUCUGGACUUGGAGGAAUGGAUAGUCUCGAGUGACCUGCCAACACUUAUGGCUUCCGGAUUGGGAGCCCUGUACAGCCAAUUGAGUCGGGAACUGAGUAUAUUGCAUCCUGAUGCCACGCUACCGGCUGUUCUGGCUAUGAGCGACUACACAACUACGCAUCCACGAGCUACAGCAGUGUCUGCCUUUUCGGAGAUGUAUCAAGCUCACAUGGCCACCUUUUUGUCCUAUCUGGCAUUCUGGCAGGACGUUCUAGAUCACUCCAGGAGCGCGGACGUCAAACAGACCUUACUGGACCAUUUCCAAAUCUUGUUUCUGCAGCAGCUACUCUAUCCAUCACUACUGCAGUCAAGCGACACUGAUGCCGGCAGCUCUGUCGCUGUCUCCACGUACAUGACAGCCAUGUUGGAAGCUCUCGAGUAUCCGGAUCUGAUCAACAUGAUACUCAAGUAUCUCAUGGCCAUCGAGGAUGACCAGCACCAUCUGACAGUACCAUCUCCACCGGAGACGCCCACCAUGUCACCUGGCCCACCGCGAUCACCCACCUCAGUGAGGCGGCGCCAGAGCCUGAUGCUGCUGAAUGCUCCCAAGGAUCCUGACGACGCCGUGGAUCCCAAUCUGUUCAAUUUGGUUGAUCUCAUCAUCAACAACGUCAGCUCGCAGAAUAGCCAGACAGUCUUUGCAGCUCUCAAGCUCACAUCGACGAUCUUCACUCGCCACAAGAGGUAUGCUUUCGGGACGUUGCUCAAGGUACAGAAGACCAACCCUUCGAGGCCCAUUCGGACUGUCGGUGCGCUAGAGAAGGAGCUGGAGCAGUACUCAGAGCUGGCGGUCUCACUGCAUCGGCAGUACGACGUGAACGCGAAUUACGAGAGACUCUGCGAGGAUUUGCGAUACAGCAUUGAAGCCCAAGAUCCCUUCAAGCCUGCUCCAGUCUCCGGUCGUGAUCCGGGCGAACCAGACGUUGGUGGCUAUUUGCUCUCAGACGACGAUCCCCUGAUGCGGACAGUGAAGGCCCUCCUGCGGUCCUUUUUCACCAAUAGUGUCGACGUCAACCUGGCUCUGACGCAUGCCAUAGUUUCAAUAGCUCAAUGCUCGGAGCUCCGGCUCGACAGCUGGCUCGCUUUGAGUGCGUCCUCAGAUCGCUUCGUAGACGAGGCUGUCGAUUCAUCAAGGCCAUGGCAGACUUACCUGGACCAAGACGAACAACUCACAUGGGCCGCCUUGAAACGAGCCAACCGCAUUCCGGUCUGGCCUGACAACGAGGCACCAAUGAUGCACAGAGAGCUUCGAGCUCUUUCAGGAGAGCUCGAAACUGUCCGCAGCAAGGUGCCUAGCCUCGACCAAUUGAUCGCUGGCCGCAAGAAUAUGUUGCAAGCGGCGAGCCACGAUAUCGCUUCCAGCUCGUUACCCAUGAUCAUUGACAGUCCAACGCAGCCGCAGAUUGCACAAUUACAAGCUGCACAGGCAUCAAGAGGGCACAGCCGGAGCUCUAGCCGGCCGUCUAAUGCCAGAGGAAGCCCACCAAAUAGCAAGGCAACCAAUAUUACUCCGCAAUCCUCAACGCCAGCAACUAGCUCGGCUGCAGCUUCGCAGGCCACUUCAAAACAGCCAACGAGCGAUGAAACCGCUGAGAACCAAACCAAACAACCCAUCACACUGCCUGCUUCAGCGGGACCGGAUGUAUCCAUUUUCCAGCCUCCACCGCCAGAAAUGCCAUCUACCACCGACGUUCUAAUGCAGAAAUUUGAAUUCCCUGUAGAUGCGGCGCAGCCCGGAGCCGAAGACGGCGAUUCUACCAAUCCUCCACAAAUGCGAACCGCCAGUCUGAACCACAUCCUUACCAACGUGGUGGUUCUCCAGGAAUUCAUUCUGGAGCUCGUCGCCGUUCUGCAGGUUCGCGCGGCUGUGUUUGGGGAGAAGGAAGUUUGCACUACCAUUGUGUAA